AUGGAAUUUCCCAACGCUCCAUAUGAUGAUUCAAACAUAUCUGAAGGAAGUAAAAUAGGAGGGAAAAUGGAUAAAAGGAAUCAAAUUGAGGGAGAAGUUAAAGAAUACAAAUCCAAGAACCUUGAUGCUGAGAGAAGGAGGCGUCAAAAACUUAGUGAAAGGCUUCUUGAAUUGCGCUCUUUGAUGACAAAAGAAACCAUAAUUACUGAUGCCAUCACUUACAUUAGGGAACUACAGACAAAUGUGAACAACCUAAGUGAGCAGCUUCUAGAAAUGGAGGCAACUCAUGGAGAGGAAUUGGAGACAAAAAGUGAAGAGAACAUUGAUACUGCCGAGGAGAUGGCUAACUGGGGCAUAGAGGUAGCCUGA